GGUCCGCAACGGCGGCAGGGAGGAGUCGUUGAGGUUGCGAGCGAAGCUAGGGCCCCUCGGGACCUCGCCCCGACGCGGCCGGGGCCUUCGCCGGAGAGUGACCCAGCUCCAUCCGAACAAGGACUAUGAGAAAAUGGUGGGGCAAACGAGGAAUAAGUACAAAGAAGCAGCUCCAGAGCCGUUACCAUCUUCCCGCUCCAUGCAGCCUAAGCGACGGCGCCGGACCGCUGGCGCAGGGGAGCCGGAGAUGGAGGAGGAGCCGCCUCUGCAGCCUUCGUCCGUAGGCGGCGGGGAACUGCCAGGGGGCGCCCGGGAAUACUUGUCGCGGAAGUACAGAUACCUGUACCCCAAAAAUGCCUUGUCACUGGCAGUGGUCGCAAGGUACCUCCUUCUCGACCGUUUCCGCUUCCUCCACUGUGUCCUGCAGCAGCUCCGCGAAAAGAUGGUCACGUUUCAGACCCAGGAGUUCUCAGAAAGGAUCUCCCUUGGCAUAGCUGUCUGUGUGGGAAUUUUGCACUGGAUACAUUUAGUUACACUUUUUGAAAAUGAUCGCCAUUUUUCUCACCUCUCAUCUUUGGAAAGGGAGAUGACUUUUCGCACUGAAAUGGGACUUUAUUAUUCCUACUUCAAGACCAUUGUCGAAGCUCCUUCAUUUUUGGAAGGACUGUGGAUGAUUAUGAAUGACAGGCUUACUGAAUAUCCCCUUGUAAUUAAUACAGUGAAGCGCUUCCAUCUUUAUCCAGAGGUAAUCAUAGCCUUCUGGUAUCGCGUGUACACAGGAAUAAUGAAUUUAUUUGGGAUAGAAACUAAGAUCUGCUGGAAUGUCACCAGAAUAGAACUACCUAAUGAAAUUGAAAGCUGUGAAGGAUUGGGAGACCCUGCUUGCUUUUAUGUUGCUGUGAUUUUUAUUUUAAAUGGCUUAAUGUUGGGAUUGUUCUUCCUAUUCGGUGCAUACCUGAGUGGGACUCAACUAGGAGGUCUAAUUACAGUGCUGUGCUACUUUUUCAACCAUGGAGAGGCUACACGUGUGAUGUGGACACCACCUCUCCGGGAAAGUUUUUCAUAUCCAUUUCUUGUGCUACAGAUAUUCAUGUUAACUUAUAUUCUCAGGACCUCAACUAGUUGUAGAAGGGAUUUCAUUGGACUCUGUGUUUCCAAUGUUGCUUUUAUGCUUCCCUGGCAAUUUGCUCAGUUUAUACUUUUUACACAGGUAGCCUCAUUAUUUCCCAUGUAUGUUGUGGGAUACAUUGAGCCAUGCAAAUUUCAGAGGAUCAUUUAUAGUCACAUGAUUUCUGUUCUCCUUUGUUUCAUUUUGAUGUUUGGGAAUCCAAUGUACUUAUCUUCUUAUUAUUCUUCAUCUUUGUUAGUGACAUGGGCUAUAAUUCUAAAGAGAAAUAAAAUCCACAGAUUGGGAAUGUCUGAACUCAACUUUUGGCUAAUUCAAGGUGGUUCUUGGUUGUUUGGAACAAUCAUUUUGAAACAUCUGACAUCUAAAAUCUUAGGUGUUUCUGACCAUAUUCGCCUGAGUGACCUUAUAACUGCCAGAAUCUUGGGGUAUACAGAUUUUGAUACCUUGAUAUACACCUGUGCUCCUGAAUUUGACUUCAUGGAAAAAGAGACCCCACUGAGAUACACAAAGACAUUAUUGCUUCCAAUUGUUACGACUAUUGCUGGUUUCAUCAUUAAAAAGAUCUUUCGUGAUGUUUUAUGUGUCUUAUGUACAAACACUUAUCAAAGAAAACAGAUCCUUGAAAAUGGUGAGCUGGUUUUUCACAUGCUGCAGUUUUUAGCAUUUAGUGCCCUUGCCAUUUUAAUUAUGAGGCUGAAGCUGUUUUUGACACCUCACAUGUGUAUUAUGGCUUCCUUGAUAUGCUCUCGAAGGCUCUUUGGCUGGCUUUUUUGCAGAGUUCGUUUUGAGAAUUUUAUCUUUGGCAUUCUAACAGUGAUGUCAAUACAAGGUUGUGCAAAUCUCCAUAAUCAAUGGAGCAUAAAGGGAGAGUUUUAUAAUGUGCCGCAGGAAGAACUUAUACAGUGGAUCAAAUACAAUACCAGAACAGAUGCUGUUUUUGCGGGUAUCAUGCCCACGAUGGCAAGUGUCAAGCUGUCUACACUGCGUCCCAUCGUGAACCAUCCACAUUAUGAGGAUGCAGACUUGAGGGCCCGGACAAAAGUAGUUUAUUCUGCAUAUAGUCGAAAAUCUGUGAAAGAAGUGAGAGAUAAGUUGUUGGAUUUACAUGUAAAUUAUUACAUUUUAGAAGAGGCAUGGUGUGUUGUGAGAACUAAGCCUGGUUGCAGUAUGCUUGAAAUUUGGGAUGUGGAAGAUCCUUCCAAUGCAGCUAACCCUCCCUUAUGUAGCAUCCUGCUUAAGGAUGCAAGGCCUUACUUCACCACAGUAUUUCAGAAUAGUAUGUUCAGAGUAUUAAAAGUUAACUGAAAGUGAGACCAUUACUCUGUAAUGCAAAGAAAUAUGUUGGAAAUAAUUACUGUUUGGCUUAUUUACAAUAAAAAUCAUAAGCUUUAAU